AUGCUAUCUCAGCAGGGGAGGGGAGGGGCCCUUAGUUCCUCUGGUUUCUCUUAUGUGCUUCAUCGUAUGUGCACAAUCCUCUUCGUACCCUCGACUACAGAACAUAGGCUAAACUCUAUCGCCCGACUAUGGAAACUGGCUGACACCGGUUACGUACGCGAAGGCAGUCUGUCAUGUAUUUUGGUGGGUACAGAACGCAUACCCUCCCUCUCGCCCCCCUCUACACCCACAUCCAGCCUUGUACAUGCACCCAGGGGCCAGACUCGCUUCUGUGACUUGAGUGGUUCGGCGAUGAGGAGCGAUGUUAAGGCAUCAGGAGCAGCUGAAGCUACCCGGUUCGUGAAGGUACGAGGAGAAGAAGGAGGAGGCUAUAUUUGCCAAGGCAAACAGAAGACAACCACCGGGAGGAAGAGCCGUUGCUGA